ACUCCCUGUCAACGUUGGCAUCUCACACCUUUUGCUCGUGAAAUAUCUUUCUACAUUUCUCCAGCUCAUCAACGAAUCGAUUUUCCAAGCCCAAGAAAAUGGUCUGGAUUACAGUCGACGAUAAGAUGGCAACAGAACAGGGUGCAAGAGCUCAAACCGAGCAAAGUCACCUGGACCACAUGUGCGCCCUGGACAUUGGCUCUCGUGCGGCUUUCUACCGUCUCUCAGGCAUAAUCUGCACCAUUGGUCCAGCCUCUAGGUCCGUGGAGAUGCUGGAGAAGAUGAUAGAGACCGGUAUGAACAUCGCGAGGAUGAAUUUUUCCCAUGGAUCUCACGAGUACCACGCGGAGACAAUUGCCAAUGUCCGACAGGCUCAGAAAAAUCUCUCGGAGAGGAACAAGGUGAAUGUCCCAGUGGCAAUAGCCCUCGAUACCAAGGGCCCGGAGAUUCGUACUGGCCUCCUGGAAGGCGGUGGAUCAGCUGAGGUUGAGCUCGUUAAGGGGCAGACCUUCAAACUCUCCACGGACAAGGCGUACUCGGAGAAGGGUAAUGCAGACACUGUCUGGGUCGAUUACGAUAACAUCUCGAAGGUGCUGAAGGUGGGGAAUCGAGUCUUCGUGGAUGAUGGACUCAUAUCUCUCAUCGUAACUGCAGUUGCCGCCAACCAGAUCACAACAUCUGUGGAGAAUGGGGGAACACUGGGCUCCAGGAAGGGUGUGAAUCUCCCAGGAGUUCCUGUUGAUCUGCCAGCAGUCUCUGAGAAAGACAAGUCUGAUCUUCAAUUCGGUGUUGAUCAGGAAGUGGAUAUGAUUUUCGCGUCGUUCAUCAGGAAUGCAGCUGCCCUGUCUGAGAUACGUGGAAUUCUCGGGGAGAAGGGAAAGAAUAUAAAAAUCAUAUCGAAGAUUGAGAAUCAACAGGGGAUGACGAAUCUCGAUGAGAUUAUUGAGGCAUCAGAUGGAAUUAUGGUGGCACGUGGUGAUCUUGGCAUUGAAAUUCCACCUGAGAAAGUGUUCCUUGCCCAGAAGUGCAUGAUAUCCCGUUGCAAUAAAGUUGGAAAGCCAGUUAUCUGCGCCACUCAGAUGCUGGAGUCCAUGGUGAAGAAGCCAAGAGCCACCAGGGCUGAGUCAUCUGACGUUGCCAAUGCCAUUCUCGAUGGGGCUGACUGCGUUAUGCUAUCCGGAGAAACUGCCAAAGGGGAUUAUCCCCUCGAGUGUGUUCGCACAAUGGCCAAUAUAUGCAAGGAGGCUGAAGCUGCAAUUUGGCACAGACAGCUCUUCAAUGAUCUCGAGAGCAAAGCUAUUCCUCCAAUCGAUGCAACUCAUGCAGUUGCCAUUGCUGCUGUCGAGGCAUCCUCUAAGUGCUGUGCAACAGCUAUUGUUGUCAUCACCACUUCAGGAAGAUCUGCUCAUCUCAUAUCCAAGUAUAGGCCACGGUGUCCUAUUAUCGCUGUUACCCGGUUCCAUCAGGUCGCCAGACAGGCACAUCUCUAUCGAGGAAUUCUACCUCUUCAUUAUACCGAGCCACCAGUUACUGAUUGGCUGAAGGACGUCGACUUGCGUGUCCAGUAUGGACUGAAUUUUGGCAAAAAUCGUGGAUUCUUGAAGACCGGUGACACUGUCGUGGUGGUUACUGGAUGGAAGCAGGGUUCUGGCUUCACAAAUACCCUUCGCGUUGUGACCGUCGACUAAGAUCGAUUAGGCUGGCUGGAUCAAUGUUGAGGACGUAUUAGAAAGCUGAAGGAGUAAUCCAGAGUCUACACAGUGAAUACUCUACAUUUAACAUAUUAAAGAGAUCAAAUUAUAAUAUUACGUUCCAAGAGCCCAUAGGCGCUUCAAGGAUCUUUCAAACUGGUUUAACAUUAGGUUCAGUAUUAUGUCACUGCUCUAGAGCUUACCAGUGAUGAUAAGAGAAUAUACAUUCAGAUCUGUAAAUGAUUGUUGGUGAGAUUAUCAUUAAAUAAAUUAUUGAAUCACAGGAGAAAA